UCCGGUCAUGUUCAUGCAUGUUUUAUUCUCCACAACGGAUUCCACAUUUUGUGAAAUGUUGGUGGGCAGUUCUUAUCAACGGAAGUCGCUGCUUGUUUGGUGCAGAAAACUGCACGCGCUGGUGUCAAUGUCGAAAGAGGGCUCUCAAGUAGCGUCCUACCACGGCACCGCUCCUCUCACCAUCCCAGAGAAAGGUAGCAGGGACUCUGCAGAGAGGAAACGCCUCACGGGGUCAAAUUCCUUCAGUGUCUCACACAAACUUGGAGAAUCUAAGGACAGAUACACACGAGGGAGGUCAGCACAAAGUAAAGCCUUCAGAAAUGAAGAGAUGCAGAAACACAAUCAAAGGAGGGGAAAUGACUUCAAAGUUUCAUCUGAGCUCAGGAAACUGUGUCUGGAAGAUUUCCCUUCAGACAGGGAGAGGCGGGUGGGAUUGAAGUCAACACAAGCCAUCAAGAUGGAGCCCUCUGAGAUUGUUUUUGGCGUUUCUCCUUGUUUUUUGGCUCUAACUCAGGGAAGGAGAAAGGCAAGUAGACUGUUUGUUAAAGCUGGCGAGGCCUCUCUGAGAGCAUCUGUGUUAAAGGUCUGUGAGGAGGCGCAUCAACAAGGUGUACCAGUGAGUCGGGUGAGCAAGAAGGACCUGGACCGCAUGUCUUCUGGAGGAGUACACCAAGGAGUUUGUCUGGCAGCAAGCCCUCUUGGUUAUCUUACUGAGGACUGGACAGUCAGCGGGGGCCCCAGCACCCCUCUGUGGCUUGUCCUGGAAAGAAUCCAAGAUCCCAUGAAUCUAGGGGCCAUUUUGCGCUCUGCGUACUUCCUUGGCGUGGAUAGAGUCAUCAGUAGUUUGCGACACAGCUGCCCAUUGUCUCCAGUGGUGAGCAAGGCCAGCUCGGGGGCCAUGGAGGUGAUGGGGGUGUAUGGAUGUGAGAAUCUGGAGGAAAUGCUUAAGCUAAAGCUGGCGCAGGGCUGGCAUGUGGUUGGCACAGUGGGACAUCAAGCAGUGGACUCAAACAUCCGUGUCACCCAGUGUUUAGAGUUUCAAAUAACCAAACCCACACUGCUUUUAAUGGGAGGAGAGGGGCAUGGACUGUCAGCAGAGCUGCUCUCCCUGUGCCAAACCUUUCUCUCCAUCACAGCUGGCAAGGAGCUGCCCCCCGGCAUUGAGUCCCUCAAUGUUUCUGUAGCUGCAGGUAUCCUGUUACAUUCUCUAUUGUUCUCUAGGGGGUCAACAAGAGGCUGAGCACCAUGAAUAUUUGCCUGAGUAAGCCUUAAAAGGAAAAAUAAAGAAUGAGCUAUUUAUGCUCUGGUUUCUUUAUUUGCAUAACCAUUCACACUCAGCUGGAUCCAGUCUCAUUAAAGAAAAUUGUUUUCCAAUGUUACUUCUUCAUUGACUGGAUGCUCUAGUUUGAUUUGCAAAUUCAAACAAAGCUUUUUUUGUAAAAAAAAAAAAAAAAAAGUUAAAUGACUGAUGCUGAAUUCCUCACCAGGAAGAAGAGGUUCUUGAUUUACACUUGUUGACAAACAUGAACUAAAUGAUUGUACUUUCUUUGUCGUUUUUUUAGAAACAUUACUGUGAUUCUGCACGAGAUUUUUUGACAAAUAUAAAUCUCCAGACAAGAGAUUUCUUUCAAUAAAAUUACUCCAAAUUA